AUGAAGGUGGAAAUAGUUGAAUGGAAGAGUUAUUGCACGUGGCACUGGGACCUUGCAUCAUCAGAUGGAUACGUAGAUGAGUUGUGUGGUAUAUGUCGUGUUUCGUAUGAUGGAACGUGUCCAAAUUGUAAAUAUCCCGGAGAUCAGUGUCCUAUUGUGUUGGGGUCAGGUUGUACACACAAUUUCCACUUGCAUUGCAUACUAAAAUGGUUAGAACAAGAAACAUCAAAAGGUCUUUGUCCAAUGUGCAGACAGAUAUUUACAUUCAAAGAACAAAAGAAGCAAACACCAGAAGAGGUGGCAAAACUAAAGAAAUUGAUUGAUGGUCAUAAAGUUAUGAGAGAACGGCCAGAGCAGGCAGAUCAAGAGUUUGAGGAGUAUGUUCCUGAAACGAUUGGAUAG